AUGGGUUGUGGAGCAUCUAAAGCGGGUCCUUGUGUUCCCGUUCAAGUUCCCUGCACCGGUAAGUAUUUUAAAGGCCUAAACCAUCUUUUCCGAAAUUCAAAUGAUUCACGCAGCCCACAGAAACUUAAUUUAAGUAAUUUAGUAUCUACUUAUCGAACUGGCAGGAUAUCACUUUUAAAUGAACAAAUCAAAAUUAACUGUUUUAAUCAUUGUUAAGGCCCACCAUUCAAAGACACAGAAGCGCAGAAUUUUAAUUUUUAAAUCCAUGAAGCAACAGAAUGCCUUCGAAAGGAAACAAAAGAAAGUUGUCGCUUUACCGUGCAUACAAGAAAAAUGAUAACUGGAUGAAAUUAUACUUGCUUUUCAAAUUUUCCUACUCUAGGUUUUCUGUAAGUAUUAACUUCAUUAAUGCUUUCUUUUACAGGGAAGACCUCACGCGGGUUGAACAGUUCAACUGAAGACAACAAACCAAAAACAUCUUCACCAAAAACUAACAAGGCGGCAGAGUUGAGAAGGAAGGCCAAUGAGGCCAAACUUAGUAAGUUUUUAAAAAAGUGGAUCAAAAUUGUUAUUAAUUUGUUUUCUAAAUGCUUUUUAUGGUACGUAUCACUGUUAAAUAUAUUAUUAUUAUUAUUGUUGUUUUUUCUUAUUAUUAUUUUAUUUUUUUAACGGCUGGUAACUCUAAGUCUUGUGAAACCCCUUUCAUCUGUUACUAACCAGAGACUACUUUAAUUAACCUUGUUGUUUCCACGUUUUACCGUCAGGACAAAGGGUAAUUAUCCAAUGCAGCCUUUUAUUUGUUGUUUUUAAUAAAUUUUUCAUAAAUUUCUUAUUUUUUCCAAUUUUAUCAUAUACAUCCUGACCCUGGUUGUUAAAACAAUGGAUAGGACUAUCUGAUGGAUAGAUCAUUAUCCAGGAGAUAAGUGUUAGGAAAAUCAAUUAUACUAUCCACUGGAUGGAGAUUAUCUACUGGAUAGCACUAUCCACCAGAAAUUACCAACAGGUGUGAAAAGGGCCAAAAAAAUAUUUUCAGUCUCAAGGAUAUGUUUUAAAUACUUAUUGUGCUCUUGUUUUUUUUUAUUUUUCAUUUUUUUCAGAAACGGUUAACAGUUCCAGCUCAAGUUCCUCACUAAAGAACAGUGCAUCUAAAUGUACAAAAGGAAAAGUCACAACCUGCCAAGUCAUAAAAUCAAGCCCAACUGUCACAAGGCCAAAACAAAACACUGUGGCAAUUAAGGCAAUACCAAAAAACUUGCCUUCUUCACUGCAAAAAACAGCAAAGAACACUACUGAGGAAAGAUCAGCAAGUUGCCAGUCUGUGAAAAAAGAUAACUCAACUUCAAAGUCAGCAAAGGAGAGCACUUUGGGUGCCAAAAAUGAGGCUAAAAAAUGCUGCCAGCCAUCUAAAAGACCUCAGUCCAGUCCAACUUUAAAGGAGAGUUCACCUGAUAUCACUACUGAAGAUAAACAACUAAGCAGCCAGCCUUCACGAAGGCCAACAUCAAGUCCUGCAAAAGGAGAGGAACAACCUCGUGCAAGUGAUGCAAAAUUACAAAGCUGUCAGCCAAGGGCCAGUUCUUCUUCAAAGAACAAACCUGCAAGGAGUGUCUCUAAGGAAAAACAAUUAAGCUGCCAGCUGCCUGAACAACCCAAUUCAUGUUUGUCACUAAAGGGAAAUCUGCUUUUAAAAGAGAGCAAGGCUGAGGCAAAACAUAAACGUUCCCAGUGGACAGUGCGACCAAAGUCAAGCCCAAUUGACAACAAGAGAAACAAAACAUUACCUCAGCCUACAAAGAGACCACAAUCAGGUCCACCUUUCAAAGCUCAUCCAAUCAAGGCCAUCAAUGAGGCAAAAGCACUUGGCCGCCAGUCCAUCAAACAGCCCAAGGAAGAUCUACCUAAGAAAACCAGUGCAGCAAAACAAAAAAGGUGUCAGUCUUCUAAAAGCCCAGUGUUGUGUCCUGCAUCAAAGGAAAAUUCAUCCAAGACUGCUGAAACCCAUGGAAGAGGGCAGCAUGCAGCUUUGGAAGCUGAACAUCUUGCUGAUAAAACAGGAGAGCAGUCAUCAGUCAAUGAGGUGACCAUGAAGGAGGUACUCAAGGAGGGAGCCACCAUUAGAGAAGGAGUUGUUGUAGAUAACAUUCAGGUAACUAAAUAUUCUAGAAGUGACUUAUUAGUUGUUAUAAAUACAAGAACAAGUAUUAUUUUCUUUUAUGUAAAGUUAUGGACUUAAAAGUCUAAAAGAGAAACAACUGAUCAACAGACCGGCAAACUAUUUGCAGUAUGCCAUGCAGCUGUAUAGAUACAGCUGAUAGGAACACCCUUAGACAGUCCUUACUAUGCAGCAGACAUGCUAAUAACCCACAUUCGAUAUAUUAAAAUUCUAUCAUGAGUCUAAGAAUUUCGGGUCAAAAUUGCAAAUUUUUCACGACUCCAUUGUCUCGCAAUUCCCAGAAGAGACUUUAGCACAAAGAAAACCAAACCAAAUAUAGAAAAGUGACCAGAAAGCCUCGGAGUCAUGUUAGAAUAAUUAUUUUAAUAUAUCGAACAUGGGCUAUCAUGAUCAUGAUUUUAAGAGAACUGAUGAAUUCAUAUAGUUCACAUUAAUUUUUCUUCCAACAGGAGUCCUCUGCCUUAGAGGCAGGGCUUGAUAAUUUCAUUGCUGAGGUUCUCCAGUCACAGCUGAGUCUCGUUCAAAGGGUACCAUCUCCAGAUAAGAGUCCUAAGCCUCUCAACACACAGUCUCCUACCACAAACUCACCUACUGCAGAGCUAGGUAACUACAUGAACAUUAAGGCCAUUUACCAUAUUCAUUCCUUUCAAAGUAACAAUAGGAAGUACCACAUUUCAGGCAUAUAAAAAUGGUUUCAAGAACAAAAUGCCUUGUGGAUCUUAAGACCUAAAAGACCCUUAGGAUUUAAAAUUGCAAAGACAGAAAAAGGUUGGUUUACUUUGGGACAAUUACCUUGAUCCCAAUAUACAUGUACAUGUAUAUUGCUUCUCCUUAACCCAUUCGCCCCUGAACCGCCCGUAACCGCCCGUGCGGAUCCAGGUCCUUUCUACCCUUUGUGACGUCAUCAGUUUUAACGGUCAAGGACAACUUUCUUCGCUAACUUGUGCAGGGUGAAGAGAUCUUUCAAACCAUACCAGAAUGAGCACAAUUCAGUCAAGGACACCGGAGAAAGAAGCAAAAAACCACGUGACAAGGACCUGAAAAUCUCCAUGAAAAUCUUGUUCCAUUACCCACCUACCUUUCCUUUCACCUAAUCCUAAGAUCCUAAAAGCUUUCCUAAAAACUCUUCCCACCAAAAUGAAGCCUACUAAAUGCCCAGCAAGAGAAAAAAAAAAUGAGGCAAGAAAAGCGAAAAAAGAAGGGAGGAGAGAAAGCGAAAAGUAAAAGUCAAGACUGCUGUGUCACUUUUAAACCCAAAAACUAUCUCGAAAUUUUGCUUUCUGCGCAUGCCUGAACUUCGUAAGCUGAUAUUUUGCAUCUGGAUCAGAAGGCCGCCAAGUGUACGACCUGUAAACCGGUUUGUGGUAAGUUUUAGCUCUUUAUAGCACGACAGUGACCAGAAAACCACUCGACUAGCCUCAAAACGCGUUUUUCGGCAAAAUCUCCAGGAGCGAAUGGGUUAAAGCAUGUACUUCAUAAGAACAGCACAAUGGUCCAUUGACUCUGAGACCUUAAUGGUAUUAAACUAUUUAUAUACCUUAAAUGAAAGAUGUGGUGAGUUUAUGUUGGUGUGUGGUGAGGAUACAAUGACUGAACAAACAAAUUUAAUUUGCAAUUCAACACAACUAAUAUUGUUAUCUUUGAAACCAACCUUCCCUUACAGGUCUCGUGCAACAAGCCCAGUUCAUGGGCUCUCUAACAGAUGCUGGAGUGAAAGUCAAUAAUGAUUGUCAAAAGAGUUCCAACAGUUCUACAGCAGUCUUUAAUGAAAGCGAACUGAUAAAUGCCAUCUCUCAAAUCACUCAGAAAGCCUCAUCCCCUACAGGCAGAAAGGAAGACAAGAAUUUUGAAGUGAAUACUGCUUCGCCAGCUCCAAGUCAUUUGACUGUCUUCCCAGAUGAGAACCCUGAUAUUGAUUCCAGACAGAUUAAUGGAGUAGAACAGUCCCAAUGCGGUGUAAAAAGGAGCUCUGGCAGCUUGAAGUCAUCUCCAAGUGCAAGAAGACCUCAGGAAAAGGUUACUGUGGAGGCUAAGAGUAAAUGCAGCAAGACUUCAAUCAAUGAAAGAAAAUCACCUCUUCACUCCACAUCUGAUUUGAAUGCCGGAAUAAGUAAGUCUGCAUCAAACUUGAGAGCAGGGGAUUGUCCUUCGCAAAGAGCCACACCUUUAAAAAGUAGGCCCUCCAGUACUUGUUCAACUACAGAUGCCUCAGUGAGUUCAAAGGGUCGUAAAUCCAGCCAGAGACCCUUGUCAAGUGUAAAAGCGCCACCAGAAAAAUCAAACACAGGUGAUAACAGGCCACAUCCAAGGAAACAGUUGCCAUCACUGUAUGAUUUAAGGGGGUCUGAUGCUAUUAAGUCACCAACACCAAGCAGCAAAUUGUCUCAUGGUCAGGUGUCAGUUCCAAGCUCUGGAGGAAAUUUACAUUCAUCAAGAGCACCAAGUGCAGAGAAGAAAGGACACUUGACACCAAAGGAUUCGAAGAGUGAGUUGUCAAAGCAGUCAGUGAGCCAUAACUCCUCCAAAACCAGACAAAUGUCCCCUGCUGUGGAUAAAGAACUGGAAAAGUCUGAGUCUGAUGACAAGGUACACCAAAUGCCGAGAGAACAAAAGAAUAUGGUGAAGAAACAAUCUUCCAAUUAUGAAGAAGCAGAAAAUGCCAGACCAAAUGCUAAAGGGAAGACUGAAGCACGAAAUAGCCAGAACAGACUUUCCACAUGCAGUCUACCUAAAGCAGAUCUGGAACAACGUCCAAAGAGUAGGCAACCAGUUAGCAAGGGGCGUAGUUCUUCCAUUGUCAGGUCAGAGGAGGAUUUGCACGCGACUCGAACGUCUUCACCAAAGCAAACAGACAUAUGUAAUUCAUCAUCAAAGAGUUCAUUCAAAAGCACAAAUGAACGUUCUGGAAGUGCAGGCAGCUCAAGGCAUUCACUGAGAACUUUUGAGGUACUAGAUUCAACAAAAACUUUGCAGUUUUCUACACCAGCAUACUCAGAGGUGCAAUCUAGAAAAGCAACAAGUAAAACCACACUAAACAAGAUGGAGGUAUUAAACACUGAGUAUGAACAAAAACAGGUGACCUUGUCUAAACCAUCCUCAGGGAGGUCUGUG